GUGGCAGAGAUACUCCUGGAGCGCGGGCAGACGGUGUCCGUUGCCGAGGCGUGCACCAACGGCCUGCUCGGCUAUACGCUGGGCACCAUCCCGGGCGCGUCCCGGUUCUUCCCGGGCGGCAUCGUCGCCUACACCGGGGGCCUGAAGGAGAAGAUUCUCGGGGUGCCCGACGAGCUAUACGAGACCGCCGGCAGCGUCAGCCGGGAGAUGGCCAUCGCCAUGGCCCGGGGCGCGUUGGAACUGACGGGUACGGACUUUGCCCUGUCGACCACCGGCGUCACCGGCCCGGCCGCGGGGCGCAGCGGACUGCCCAUCGGCACCUUCUGGAUCGGCCUGGCCGUCAAGGAUGGUGAAGACGCCGCCCUCGAGAUCCGCGUGGGCGGCGACCGCGACGCCACCAAACACGGCGCGGUGCAGGCCGCCAUCGACCUGCUGGGCCGGGAGCUGAGCGGGUAG